GGACAGAUCGUCAUGGAGGAAAUCUAUGUAUUUGCUAAGAGUCAAAACUUGAUGGCACAUAAUCAGUCAAUGUUAACACAAUAGCUAAGUAUAAGAUACAGAUUCACACAUUACACCAAGUCAGCCUUGUUAUAGUUAAAUGCAAAAAGAGAACAGCCAGUGGAGAACAAAGAUGGAGAAGGUACAGGUUAGUUUCACCUAUAUUUUUCAAAAAAUCAGAGUGAUCUUGUCUUUCAGUAACCAGACUCCUCCUGAUUUUUUACUGCCGUAGAUGAACAUGGCUUUCCUUCUACAAUGUUUUCAUUUUUCAAAAUCUCUUGCUGAUACGUGGAGUGCUUCGCCGUACUAGUCUAAAUUUAACACUGGCCAGUGUUUUCUUUCGAAUGUAGCACGUGCUUUUUAAGCUCCACAGAGUUCUGCCUAGAACCGAAAGAGAAAAGGAAAAAGUCUGUAAUCUUUUAUUUUGCCUGGCUGAGGUUUCCCAUUAGCACUCAAGGAUGGGUCUCAUUUCCCGCCCCCGCUUUCACUUCCAGCGGACACUGCUUUCGCACUGUGCAUUUUCAGUCUCCCCCCUCCCGUCCCAAUGUUCUGUCACUGCUCUGGAAUCCUUGGUAUGAGGAAAGGGGAAGACAACAUGGCUUAUGCCUCCUUGUGCCUCUGCAGUCAUGAAGUUGGUUCCCGUGGCUGCUCUCCUUGUCUUGCCUGUUGUUGCUCAUCUGGCCUCAGGGAAGAAGUUCCGAUGGUGCACGCUUUCCCAUCUGGAGCAGAAGAAAUGUUCUGAGCUCUCCAAAGCACUUCUGUCUCUUUUGUCAUCCGUCUCCAGCAGUGCUUUUACGAGGGUUUCUUGCAUCCGAGCUCACAACACGUACGACUGUAUCAAUAAGAUUCGAGAGAAUAAAGCCGAUGCGGUUUCCUUGGAUGCUGGAGAUGUAUAUUCUGCUAUAAAGCUUUAUGGCUUAACUGUGGUGGCAAAGGAGAUCUACUUGGAAGGUAGCUGUGUGUUUGCAGUGGCUGUGGCCAAGCGUGGAACGCUGGAUCUCCAAAGGCUGAAAGGAUCCCGAAGUUGCCACAAUGGGGCUAGGUGGACCUCGGGCUGGAACAUCCCCAUGGGCUUCCUCUUGGCUAGGAAUGAUCUGGUGUGGGACUCAGGCCAGCCCCUCAGCCAUGCAAUCAGUGGUUAUUUCAAUGCCAGUUGCAUCCCUGGCACCGGAGUUACCUAUCCUCAGCUUUGUGCUCUCUGCCAAGGGCAGAAGUCGUACAUCUGGGACAAGAACCAUUUCUGCGAGACUAGCCACAGCGAACCCUUCUUUGGCUCAGAGGGAGCCUUCAGAUGCCUGAGGCUGGGGCUGUCAGAUGUUGCUUUCUUGGAUCACCUCACAGUCAUGAAUGCUACAGAGUUGGAACGGGAAGCGUAUGAGUUGCUGUGUCCUGAUGGAACUACUGCUCCCUUGACGGCCUACUCUACUUGCAACCUGGGCCACGGACCAGGCCGUGCUAUUGUCACACGCCACAAUUUUCAGAAGAUAACUAAGAAUUUCCUCAUGGUCAUUCAGCGCCUGUUUGGAGACAGUGGAAAAGAAAAGGCCAGAUUUGAGCUCUUUGCCUCUGCACCAUUCAGAGGGAGGGAUCUGCUGUUUCACGACGCUGCUCAGUACCUGCAGUUGCUUGGAGAAGAGACCGAGAUCAGCCAAGUUCUUGGCCUAGAUUAUGUCGCUCUCCUGCAGGGUUUGGGACACGAAGGAACCUCCCUGUCCAAUAGCCUGGUGUGCUGGUGCUGUAUCAGUGACAUGGAGCUCCGUAAAUGUGAGGAGUGGGCUCUGAAUGUCAGGUCUGACCCACUGGUCUGUGUCCAAGCAGACUCCAUGAUCAGCUGCAUUGAGCUCAUCAAGAAGAAUGAGGCAGAUGCUGUUACUCUGGAUGCCACCCACGCCUACUUUGCCGAGACCUGCGCACUUGCUCCUGUUGCGGCAGAGUGUUAUGGAGAAGAAUGUGCUCCCCGAAGGGAGAAACCUGAAAAGUUGACCCAUGUUGGGGGGCUUCCUCCACUCUACAUCGUAGCCCUGGUAAGAAAGACGAGCCAGCAUGUAAGCAGAUACACCUUGAGGGGAAAGCGCUCCUGCCACAGCCAUGUGUACAGCCCAGGAGGGUGGCUGCUGCUUUCACAGUACACUGUUGGGGUUCUGGAGAAUGGCAGCAGCAUAUGCAAUCUCACCUCAGCAUACCAGGGUUUCUUCUGGAAAGGCUGCAUGCCAGGAGCUGGGGGAAAUCUGUGCAAAGUGUGCAUUGGACAAGAGGAGAGAGGCAAGGGGUCAUCCAGGUGUGCAGCUAAUCAUCAUGAACGGUAUUAUGGCAAUCUAGGGGCCCUCAGAUGCCUCUUGGGUGAUCCCACUGGAAGAAGCUUUGGUGAUGUGGCUCUCUUGGAACAUCAUAACCUACUUCAGAACAUUGAGUACCUGAGCAGCUCAGGAUGGGCCGCAGGCUCCACUCCAGGGGAUUUCGAGCUCCUUUGCCCAGAUGGGAGCCGUGCAGCCAUAACAGCUUGGAGGGCCUGUAACCUGGGCCGUGUUCCUCCCAGCAUUGUGGUGACACGGCCAGUGACUGUCACUAAGGUCUAUGAUUUCCUGGCAAAGUCCCAGGAAUCAAGCAAGAAUGGUAGGUUUCAGCUCUUCCAGUCACUAAGAUAUGGAGAAAGUGAUCUGCUCUUUAAAGACGCUACUCAACGUCUCAUUUUCACAGGCCAGUUGAAUUUCAAGGUGAUUCUUGGGCAGUCUUUCUUUCAGCUUGCACAAUCCGUCUUCAGCUGCACCCCUGCAGGUAUCCUGAACUUUUGCAACCAGGAUACUUGUACCUCUUUCACACAGCCCUGAGCUUAUUCAGAGGAGCUCCCUUCAACUUUGUCAGCUAAAAUAAGAGGCAGAUGGUUAUACAAGGCUUUUACCGUCACCAAGAUUCCCCGACAUGAGGAUUCUGGUCUGCAGCGAUUUGCCGUUUUCUAAUCCAGUAUCAAAUGUCCUUCAGCAUCUAUUGGAAAAUCCAUUUUUGAAUGUAGCUUACUGGUAUGUUAGCCAAUUGAAGGCACCCAUGCCAUGGAUUAAAGCUCACCGCCCCUCCCCCCCAUCUCUAGGACACACAGGGAAUCCCAGCCAGGUUUUGGCUGCGCCUGCUGCCUUAUCGGCUCUAACCUGCCUGUUCUCUGCCUUCACCCAGGACAGAGGACAGGCUGGUUUGGGAACUUUUCCUCUAUUUGCUGCAUUUCCCUCUGGUCACUUUCUCGUGCUUCUGCAUCCAAAAUUGAUCUGCCCAUUUUCACCUCGGUUUAGAUGCCCUGCCCAUCACUGACCCAAAGCUCCAUCUGAACUGACAGGAACUGCAGCCUGGUUCUGAUAAAACGCCACACGGAUGGGCUCCAAUUUUCCCAGUCCCGGCAGUGAGAAGCCAUCUUAGAGCCCCAGGAGGGUUCCAUUUCUCUGGCUUUCGCAAGAUGUAAGAGACCAUGACCCUCUCCUUAGCUCUUCUCUUGACUGAAGUUUACAGUGGCUGGCUGGAGAAUUUUGGGAAUUGAAGUCACACAUCUUCAAGCUGCCAAGGUUGAGAAAUGUUGCUCUAAAGUGCUUGUCCCCCAGCUGCUCUAAACACAAAUGCACUUGCAUCAGGGAUGACCCCCCCCCCUCAAACUGAGCCAGACCGCUGGCAACUCUAUGGCCGCGUCAUUUGCUCGGCAACCAGGUGGGCACAGCUUGCCUUUGCUUUCUUCCCAGGCCAGUCUAUAGCCGUGGGAUUCCCUGGCAGUUUCCUAUCUAAAUAACAACUGAGUAUGACCCUGCUGAACUUUCUGAGAUCAGCCACGGUCAUAUAGCAUGGCCAGUAACUGCACAGGAUAGUAAUUUUAGGGGAUGCCAUUUCCUCCCCCCCGCUCAACAUUUCUGAAGAGCUCUCCAGAAAUCCAAACCUGCUCCCAGCUCUUUCUGGCUUCUGGACUUGGUGCAAUAGUUCAUCUAAGUAUCCAGUCACCUCCAGCAGGUACCAAGAAGAGCACUGCACACUCAUCUCCACAGCCAAGGACUUCUGAGAGCUCCCUGACACAUUAGAGUGGUGACAUUUCUGUGGUAAUUUACAAUGGCUGAAGAGCUCCGUAAUACAGUUGCAGAAAUGGUACUUGUGUUUUACAGUACGGAGCAAGAACUAGCAGGACACUAGCAGCACUUGUGAAAGUAGCCUUGCUGUUGGGCGACCACGGCCAUGGUUAUUCCUGCAACGUUCAGAGGUGGAAUGAAGGGUGUAAGCCACAAAUCCCCGAACUAGUACGCCUUUCCAAAUGAAUAGGAAAGAAGAGGGGGACAGAAAUGGCAACUGUCAAACACACAGAAGUGAGGAAAGGAUAAAGUCACUGAUCCUUUGCUUAGGAAGAGAACUAACUAGCAGUAUCUAUUCCCAGAGAGACAAGAGCCUCAGCAGCAGAGCCACGAAUAUCAUCCACAGAGGGACAUUUAUAUUUAUGGUGAAGCAGAGUAGGUACGGUAUUAAUAGAAGCAUCUUUUGCAGGUCAACUAAAGUUAAUUGGGGGCUUAAGACUUAAUAGCAAUGUACGGAGUUGCGCUACUAGUUUAGUGUACUUAAUAGUUUUGCUUAUAUCAAAACAAUUAGAACGAAGAUAUAAUGUUUUUUUUCACAAGUUGUAUUUGUUCUUACUUGCCUUGUAUAUUUUUGAAAUGUUUAAUAAAGGUAACAUUUUAA